UCAGCUCAUCUACCACAACCAACUGAUUAGCACAGAUAAGGAGUCCAAGUUCCCAAUCCAAACACUUCUCACAUGUACUUCUAUUGAAUGCUCAACGGUUUCCUCCUAACUAUCAUGAUAUCACCUUUCUUCAAUUUCAUCGCCUAUUGUGUUCUCUUUUUCUUAUUUUAGUCCAUCAAUAACUACUAACCCUACCCACCCACAUGCAAUCAAUUGACAAUUCGUUUCUGGGUUUUCUUAUUUAAUGCCACAAAUCAAAAACCAAUUUCUCAGAUUCAUCUCUUUUAUCCCAUAUCAGAAGAACUCGACCACUCUGUAUCCAUGGAGCACUGUUCCCUAGACCAGCUCAAAUCUCAACCUGUCUGGCUUCUUCUGCUUUUGGGUCUUGGAUCUAUAUCUCUAUUGAAAUGUUUCUCAGCUAUUCUGAAAUGGGUUUAUGUUAAUUUCCUCAGACCUGCAAAGAAUCUCAAGAAAUACGGGUCUUGGGCACUCGUCACCGGACCAACAGACGGUAUCGGAAAAGGUUUCGCCUUUCAGUUGGCGCGUAAGGGGCUGAAUUUGGUUCUGGUGGGUCGAAACCCUGAUAAACUCAAGGAGGUUUCGGAGUCAGUCCAAGCUAAGUAUAAGCGAAUUCAGAUCAAGACUGUGGUGGUUGAUUUCUCUGGUGAUUUAAACGAAGGGGUUGAUCGAAUUCGUGAAGCGAUUGAGGGUUUAGAAGUUGGGGUUUUGAUUAACAAUGUGGGUAUUUCGUACCCAUAUGCGAGGUUUUUCCAUGAAGUGGAUGAGAAGUUGUUGGCUGAUUUGAUUAAAAUCAAUGUUGAAGGGACUACAAAAGUGACACAGGCAGUUUUGCCUGGGAUGCUCAAGAGAAAGAAAGGUGCCAUUGUGAAUAUUGGUUCUGGUGCUGCCAUUGUCAUCCCAUCUGAUCCUCUUUAUGCCGUAUAUGCGGCCACGAAAGCAUAUAUUGAUCAGUUCUCCAGAUGCCUCUAUGUAGAGUACAGGAAGAGCGGUAUUGAUGUGCAGUGUCAGGUGCCCUUGUACGUGGCAACAAAGAUGGCAUCAAUUAGGAGAUCCUCUUUCUUUGUUCCAUCAACAGAUGGCUAUGCUCAAGCUGCAAUGCGCUGGAUAGGCUAUGAACCACGUUGCACGCCUUACUGGCCCCAUUCUAUUCUUUGGGGUUUAGCAUUCUUGGUGCCGGAGUCUGCCAUUGAUGCUUGGCGCCUGCGGUUCUGCCUUGCAAUUCGAAAGAAGGGGCAGCAGAAAGACACUAGAAAGAAGGAAUAGACGGCAUUCUUCUUCUCUCUAUGUAAUUUUUACAGCUUUCCCAAAUGACACGAGGAUGCGAACUAAGUUAGGCAGUUUGGGAGAUUAUUUGAUGCAAGGCUGUCAGCUCAUUGAUGCUUCAAUUUAUGUUGUCACACUUCAAUUUGUAUAAGUGAGAGGAAUGCUGAACCUUAAGUUCAAACUAAUUGCUUGUCCUCUAAUGUUGUUAUUUAUGGUAUGCUCUCCAUUUUGAGGAUUUUUGGGUGUUUUGAUGAACUUUCCAAGUUAAAGGUUUGUAGGUACUCUAUAAUGUUAUUUAUUCUCUA